UCGGGGCUUCGUUUCGGGUUCAACGAUCCCCUUCCAGAUCUCGAGACGUCGACGCCAUCCGGUGGCCAUCCGGUGGCCAUGAGCUUUGAGCUGGCUGCCUUUCCACUGUUGGGCAUCGAGCGCUUCUUGUAUGGCUACAUUUACCAUUUCCCAGAGUCCUUCCAAAAGUGUUGCCGUGGGCCCUUGAAAGCUUUGCUCGAUUAUGAUGAAGGCGUCUACUGGCAGGUGGCCAAGCAUUUGGGUGUGGGCAUCAAGGUCUUUCAGUUCGGAGUGGUGGGCUAUGACCUUUUGCUGAAGAGGUCGGUGUCAUUGGCCGAGCCCAAGUUGUUGUGCCCGGGGCUGGCGAUGGUGGGCCUUGGGCAGUUGCUCAACACGGCCACCUUCCGCGCGAUCGGCGCGAAAGGGGUGUACUACGGGUCUCAGUUGGGAUAUGACGUGCCCUGGGCCACCGCAUUUCCCUACAACAUUGGCAUCAGUGAUCCACAGUAUUGGGGCGUGAUUUUUUCCGUGUGGGGUUUCUACCUUUGCUUGGCGCCAUCGAGUGAUCUCACGGGGGAGCACUUCCUCAUCCCGUGGCUGGAGACCUUUUGGUACAUUACCUCGAUGAAGCUCCUGGAACAUGAGGGCUAUGGCGGCGGGCUGUUGCGAGCGCUCGGCUUCAAGGCCCCAAAGAAGCCCUGACACCCAAUUUUCGGCCUGACUUCGGAGACCUUUGGAGAAGUCGAGAAAAAGACAGCGAGAGAGAGAGAGAGAGAGGCCGCUGUGGUCGGGAGUGAAACCUCACAUGGUUUCACUGUUGGGGUCUGGUCUGGUCGAGGUGGGGUUUCGCCCGUCCGGGGCCCCG